AUGGCCAGCUUAAUACCCCUCGAAGGUUUCAGUCUCGAGCUCAUCACCCACCCCAUCUUUCAGGCUUGCCCGUCCCUUCAUGAUUGGGGUGUCAUGGGCGCCAUCUUUCUCGACUCUGACGGCUCAAUCCCAUCUGCUGUGGUGAUGGAAGCUAUCGACGCUCUCGAGGAUAUCAUAUCUCAGCGCGAUCUCCUCCAGGCGGAGACUCGGAUGGAAGCUGCAGCACUCAGGCAGGCCAUAUUAUCUUAUCAAGCUCCCCUCUACUUUCCUCAAUUUUUCGACCAGCCUCGGCAAUAG